AUACAAUUCAGUCGUUAUUUUGAACUGUCACCGCGCGGUUGUAAUUCGCGUAACCGAAUUCUGAGAUACAAGCAAUCCUGGCGAACAAUUUGCAAAUAAAUAUGUUUGUAGUGCGCGAUCGCGGCAGUUAGUGAAUCCUCGGAAAUUUUUUGUAGAGUGCCGUAGACGCGAGCUGUUAGUCAAUUAAGAGUAAAGUGGAAAGCCUUUUGUUAAUUAAACAUGCAAUUUUCUAUAAACUUAAACAUUUAAAAAAAAAUAAAAUUACAAGUGCUGUGCAAUUUUAAUACCACAAUUUUGUUGGAGAGUCAAUGCUGCAAAUUCACUGAUUACCCCGAACAUUUUCUUGGAUUUUUCAUCAACUCAAGAUCAAACUGCAAUCUCACGAUCGGCAAGCCUUGAGUAUAAAUACAUAACCACAUACAAAUCUAUAAGCGGAAUUUUUUGGAAAAUACCUUUUCUAUCAGUUUACAUCAGUACCACAUGUUUCACACUUUCGCGCCAAUAACGUAUUAAAUCAAUGCAAAUAUGCCCAAAGCACAAUUCAACAAAUUUGUAGCGGACGAAGCCGAUCCACUGCACCCAGAAAAUAGUUUGCAUACAAACAUUGAACGAGUGAAACACGAUGAAGCGUCCACUUCACAGGUCGUCAUCAGCAGUGUAGCGGAGGAUAUUCUGCCAGCUAGUGGUGGUGAACGCGAUAAAUGGAGCCGCGAAAUAGAAUUUCUCUUUUCAUGCAUAGCUCUCUCUGUGGGUUUGGGCAAUGUGUGGCGUUUUCCUUUCAUAGCGCUGGAGAAUGGUGGUGGCGCUUUCGUUAUACCCUAUGUCAUUGUGCUCUUGCUCAUCGGGCGUCCCAUCUACUAUAUGGAGGUGCUGAUCGGACAGUUUGCAAGCCGCGGUGCAGUGAAGGUGUUCGACAUGGCACCCAUUAUGAAAGGCAUUGCGUAUGGCCAAGUUUACGCUACAGCAUUAGCUACUACCUACUAUGCAGCCAUUAUGGCACUGACAAUCAAAUACUUACUCGCCUCCUUCACGCCAUUGCUACCUUGGGCGACAUGUCAGCCGGAAUGGGGCGCCAAUUGUGCGUCAAUCACCACCUACAACUCCAGCGUAAUUGGCAAUACAUCUCAUGAGAAAUUGGUCUCCUCAGCAGAGUUGUAUUUCACCAAGGUAGUGCUGCGCGAAAAGGAUAAUAUUGAAGAUGGUAUCGGGACGCCAAGUUUGGAUCUUGUGAUCUAUUUAUUUCUGGUAUGGGUUUUGAUUGCAGUUACUUUGAUUAAAGGCAUUCAAAGCUCUGGCAAAGCUUCGUAUUUUCUAGCCUUAUUUCCUUAUGUCGUACUUUUUACUCUACUCGGGCGCGCACUAACUUUGCCUGGCGCCUGGGAUGGUAUAGUUUACUUCCUAAAACCGCAAUGGGAUCAGCUACUUAAUCCUGAGGUUUGGUAUGCUGCUAUUACACAGAUGUUCUUUUCGUUAGCCAUCUGCUUUGGCACGCUAAUCAUGUAUGCUUCAUAUAAUAAUUUUCAUAAGCGCGUUCACAAGGACGUAAUGAUCGUGACGACAAUAGACUCCUUUACCUCAAUACUCGCUGGUUGUGUUAUCUUCGGCAUACUUGGCAAUCUCGCGCUGGAAACCAACAACACAGAUAUAUCGAAAGUGGUUAAGGGUGGUACAGGCUUGGCUUUCAUCUCAUAUCCAGAAGCUAUAGCAAAAUUUAAAUAUUUACCGCAAUUUUUUGCCGUGCUCUUCUUCUUCAUGCUCCUCGUAUUAGGUAUUGGCAGUAAUAUUGGCAUGUCUUCGUGUGUUAUAACAGUAUUUAAGGAUCGUUUUGAUCACAUACCACAAUGGGUAAUCACAAUCGGAUUCGCAAUCUGCAGCUUCCUUUGUGGCCUGAUCUAUACAACACCUGGUGGACAAUAUCUACUGAAUUUGGUGGAUUUCUUUGGUUGUUCAUUCAUUGCACUUUUUUUGGCCAUAGGCGAGAUUGUGACUAUUUCAUGGAUUUAUGGCGUCAAACGCUUCUGCAAGGACAUUGAGUUCAUGUGCAAUCUAAAGACCGGGUUCUAUUGGCGCAUCUGUUGGGCCAUUUUCACACCUGGUCUCCUGUUUCUCGUGCUUGUCUAUACGCUGAUCAACUACAAACCGCUUGAAUAUAAGGGUAUGGAGUAUCCGGAAUAUAUUUACAAUAUUGCUUGGCUGAUAUGGCUCAUUGGUGUGGGUCAACUGCCAUUUUGGGCUUUAUAUACCGUCUACAAGCAGCCGGGCAAUACUUUUAUGCAGAAAUUCAAUCAAGCCAUAAAACCAAAGUCCAACUGGGGUCCAGCGUCAGCUGAGCAAUUGGAAAAGUAUAUACUAUUUAUGAAAAAUUCACAGAAUCACAACCCUGAACAUGGUUGGACGUCGCGAAUUUAUGAUAACAUUUUCGGUUGAUUUCAAUCGAUUGAUUUUGUUUAUGUUUUUGAAGUACUUAAGUGCCUGAUUAACUCAAAUACACAGUUUUAUUUAGGAAAAAAAAUGCAAAGUUUUUAGUUUAAAAUUUAUUUCAAUAUGGUUCAUAGCUUAAUU